AAUCAACAUCUGGCAUCCCGUCUGUACAGUCACCAAGGAUGCGUGUGAAUGGGGGAUUACGCCGUGAGAUAAAACAAAAACCGUGAAAAUACUGGUUAAACGAAGUUUUGGAAGCUUGACAAUUUGGUAAAUAAGACGCUCAUUCACUUCUGACCUCAAGAUGUCGUCGGGUUCUACGCCAAAGGCUGGCCCCGUGACUUCCAACAAGAAGACAAGGAAAUUCAACCGGAAGUUAAAGACAAGAGGACGGAAACAACAAAGUGUGCAGAUGAACCGUCACGUGGAUGUUGGUAAAGCCUCGACCUUGACCCCUAUGAACUCUAAGCCAGUGCCGUCUGCUGGUAACAAAGACUAUAUCAACACCCUAACAACGGGAUUACGACACCUGGAGGACAACGCGGGACUUGAGUGACGUGACCUUGAUCGUGGAGGGGAGAGAAUUUAACUGUCAUCUACUCAUACUGUGUACUUUCUCUAACUACUUCCGGUGUCAAGUUCAAUCCAGUACGAGAGAAUACCCCAGACAUACUUUCAAACUAGAUAUGGUAGAGGCUAAUACCAUGAAAAUGGUCCUUCAUUUCCUGUAUACAGGCGAGGUCAAGAUCACUAAAAACACUGCGCGUGACCUCCUGUUUACAGCAGCUUACCUUCAGAUCGCGUGUCUACAAAGGUUGCUAGAACAAAGACAUGCGCAGUUCCUGGGCCCAGAGAACGUGCUAGACUAUUGGCAACUAACAGACCUGUAUCCGGAUUACAGUUUACUCAGAAAAAGAUGUGAAAAAUUCGCAAUUUUAUGUUUUCAGACCAUUCUGGAAACCUCCAAGUUUGUUAAUCUAACGUUGCCCAAACUCUCAAUCCUCGUGUUUAGUGCCAAUCUCAACAUAACAGAUGAAAACAUUGUCUUUGACGCUGUGAUGAAAUGGAUCCUCCAUGACUUUCCCGCCAGGAAGUGCCACAUCCGGAAGUUAGUGGACAGUAUACGUUUGCCCCUUAUUGAUGGAAACCGGUAUAGAAAACUGAAAACCGCGUUCCCAGACCUGUUUGUUGAACCAUUGAGCGACUUUGUCCGUGAGGCCGAGACGUUUCACGGAGAUGUUGGAGCCCAGAUGAGGUAUUCGUCCCCCCGGACAGAGCUCAGACCCGGGGGUGCGACGGAGAAAGGAAUACUCGUUGUAACGGGCCCGACAAGUCCCGUUGGAGUAGGGAAUGUCCCAUCAUACGUUUGUGAUUUAGGCGAGGUGAAAUCUAGAGACUAUGAGAAGCAUAUGAAGGUAUGGUGUUUCUCCCUUGCAGACGAGGCGAUGGAAACAGUUGUGUAACUUACUGGAGUACCCAGGUCGCCAUUUUGCGUCCUAUACAUACGGACUAUACGACUUGUUCCUGUCAGGUGAGAACGGUUAUGUACCGCUACUCUACCCGGGAGAACACGUGGGUCGUGUGUGAACCAAUCCCAAACCAAGGACGAAUAGCACACGGGAUGAAGGCCAUCAAGGAUAGUUUAUAUAUAUUUGGCGGUAAAACGGUGGAUGGUUUUGCGGACUAUGCUAAGACUGUUGAGGUUUAUGAUGUCUCUCGUGAGACAUGGGAGGCAGUGUCCCUAUGUCAGAUUGCGUUGCCAGUUUCACAUUUUCAUUCUGUGGCCGACCGAAACAAGAUCUACAUAUUCAGUGGAUUCGCACAGGGAAUGUCACAUGAGCGUCACGUGACUAACGCAAUACAGUGUAUUGACACUAAUACGCACACGUGCACGGUCGUCUGUCACUACUGCAGUACUUGGUCCCGUGGUCAGUCUAAACACAGAGAUUCAUCAGGUGAUAGGGCGGAACCUAGUCAAGCAUUGGCCUGGGUGUCGGGCCUUCGUGAAUGCAGGAACUUUGGGCUUUAACUGCAGUAAGGCCCUCCUUCUCAGGGUAAGGUCUAAGAUUCUAAUUGUAGGCGCGAUGCAAGGCACCGGUGAACGCUUUAGUGACGUCAUCAUGGAGUUCGACUUCAAUAAGCGGUCGAAGAAAGUGAAAACAUGGCGGGAAAAACUACCGGAAGUGAUGGAGGAAAUGGCGAGUCACGUUCUUCUAAUUCCUAACAUGUCGUUAGCAAUGUGAACACUUCUGUGUAGGUUCGCAUGAAAAUGUAUUCCAAUUGAAUAUAUUUAUUGUAGAUUUAGUGACAAUCUACAGUAAGAUGUAUAAAUCGAUCAAAGUGCAACGAGAUAGGCAUUGUCAUGUGACCUAUCAUUUUACAAAUUAGUUUAUCUAUCGCGAAGGCGAUGGUUUGCAUUUAACAGUAGAUUCUGUACAAAUGGACAAAUGAUACAGAUUUUUUUUAUUAAAUGUUGUUGUUUUAAAGUAUGUAAGGAUAAGUAAACUCAUUUUUCUGUGCUUUUCCGACCUGUGUAAACCAUAGAACCAUAUUAUAUAAAUACAAGUUUUUAAAAAGCAGCAAAAUGUCAUGAUGUUUAGCCCAAAAUGAUACAAUUCCCUAUACAUUUUCUUUUUUGAAACCUCUUUGAAAUUAAACAUUUCUAUUUCAAUGACAGAAUUAAUCUUGAUUUGCAUGUUCACCAUUAGGAUUUCUGUUAUAACUCAGCUGGUCUGACUAUUUUCCUGGAUAAUUUAUAAUCUCGAACCAUUUCCCACAUCAUACUGA